AACUCAUCCACUUCUACCAGAUUGGUUGUUGCCAUUGUCCUAUCAUCUGCCUUCUUCGUCGCAGAGCUUGUUGUUGGCUUCCGUACCAAAUCACUGGCUCUGAUCGCUGAUGCCUUCCAUUACCUGUCUGAUCGCAAAGAUGCCCCUGCGAGUCUAGCGUUCGGCUGGGAAAGAGCCAAAGUCCUCGGCGCUUUCUUCAACGGAUCUUUCCUCAUAGCUCUUGGUCUGAGCAUCUUUCUACAAGCCAUUGAAAGGUUCAUAAACAUCCAAGUCGUCGAUCAACCACGCAAUGUUCUCAUCAUGGGCUGCGUAGGACUUCUGCUCAAUGUGAUAUGCAUCUUAGUGGUUCAUGACCACGGUCAUGAUCACACUAGCAAUAGCAAGAAACCGAAAGCUGGAUCUCCAGUUCUCGAAAUCUCAGAUCUCGUAAACCGUUGUUCCAGCCAGCAACGUCCGCAGAGGGCUGACUUGCGCAGNGAAAAUCCAUCAGCCAAACACGCACAUGGUGACCUGGGAAUCAAUGCUGUUGUCAUUCAUAUCUUCGGAGAUAUCCUGAACAACCUUGGUGUAAUCGCUGCGGCUCUUGUCAUGAUGCUAGUGCGAUCGCCAAACAGAUUCUAUGCCGAUCCCGCUGUCGGUGUAGGCAUAGCGUUUAUGAUCGCGAGCAGCGCUCUGCCCCUCAGUAAAAGCGGUCACAUACUGCUGGGCAGCACACCACCAAGUGCUCAGAGCGAAGCGAUCAUCCAGGAAUUGAGCAAGAUACCAGGAGUGGUGUCAGUGCAUGAACUCUAUGUCUGGCAAUUAAGCCAAGAGCAAUCCGUAGGGUCGGCGCAUAUUGUCAUGUCACCCAUGGCAAGCCAAGAAGUGCUGUCGAGAAGCAGCUUGGAUAUAGACGAACCAGACCGACCUGAAGAAGCAAGAGAGACGCACAAUGAACGGCUUGCACGUCUCGGAAGAUGCCUGCAUGGUUUCGGUAUCCAGAAAGUGACACUACAGAUCGAGGAUGGUCCGAAGAAGACUGAG